AUGGACACCCAGCUGCUCACUCUGUUUUCUAUGCUCUUAACUAGUACCAUCCUUGUCUACUUAUGGCUAUGGAGAAAGAAGAAAUAUGCAACCAUUUUUCUUCUUCCUGGACCUCCUGCCUGGCCUAUUGUGGGAAACCUGUUUCAGAUGGGAGAAACGCCCAACGAAAGUCUCUUCUCCCUUUCCCAGCAAUACGGUCCUCUGAUGACACUGCGCCUUGGCAUGAAAGCUACAGUGGUGGUGUCUUCUUCUGCAAUGGCGAAGGAGGUUCUGAAAACUCAAGACCAAGUCUUUGCAGGGCAGCCGAUCAUGGCGAUGGGGAAGGUGCAUGAUCAGGGGAAGUCCGCCAUGGGGCUUCUUGAAUAG